GACGGUCAGCGACUUCUCCUUGCCUCUCUCCACUUUUUGUCUCCAGAUCUCUCCCCUCCUCGGUCUAGCAGUGUCCUCACCGUCUUCUCUCCCUGGCGCUGCUAUCUUUAUCUCUGGUCAUCUCCUGUACUAUGUCCGCAGUGUCUGGUCAUCCCCUGUACUAUGUCCGCAGUCUCUGGUCAUCUCCUGUACUAUGUCCGCAGUCUCUGGUCAUCUCCUGUACUAUGUCCACAGUCUCUGGUCAUCUCCUGUACUAUUUCCGUAGUCUCUGGUCAUCUCCUGUACUAUGUCCGCAGUUUCUGGUCAUCUCCUGUACUAUGUCCGCAGUCUCUGGUCAUCUCCUGUACUACGUCUGCAGUCUCUGGUCAUCUCCUGUACUAUGUCCGCAGUCUCUGGUCAUCUCCUGUACUGUGUCCGCAGUCUCUGGUCAUCUCCUGUACUGUGUCCGCAGUCUCUGUUCAACUACUGUACUAUGUCCGCAGUCUCUGGUCAUCUCCUGUACUAUGUCCGCAGUCUCUGGUCAUCUCCUGUACUAUGUCUGCAGUC